AUGACGAUUGAGCAAUCGUUGAUGAGGACGAUGAAAUGUCUUGGUGGCUUUACUCAUGGACGAGAAGUAAAGGAAAGUGUGCUCUCCAAGUGGAUUUUAGGAAUGGUUUUUCUGCACAAUGUUUGCGAAGAAGUUGAAAAGUUUUGCAAUGUAGCUUUUUCCAGUUCGGAGCAGCAUGUUGAAAUAAGAAACUCGCGGAUUAAACGUGACAAUGACGACAUAAACAAAUUGACGGAUUGGUUGUACCAACAUGCACCUUUUCCAGAAGUAAAUGAACUUAUGUCAAUAAGCACUGGAAUGAUAGGAGAUGAAGAGAUAAACUGUCAUAUGUCUCAUGAAAUUGGUACUGCCAGCAUUUCUAAGAUCAUUGGCGCCGAUUUCAAUACAGUAAAAUUCAAAAGAAAUGACAGGGUAAAAGCACUUGGUGUAAUGAAUGCAGGUAUUCGAAUAAAAUACAUCAUUGUCCCGAUUAAUCCACUAUUGAUUUUCCAAAGAAUGUGCAUUGCAAAAACAUCUGAAACAAAACUUGAAACAUUUCUAUCGAACGAACUUGCACCUUUUCCUUUAUCCCUUUUCAAUGAGGAAGGUAUGCGCAAAUGCGCUAAAUCUUCUAUGUAUAAGGCAUUUAAACAAGUUUCUGAAGACAUAAAUUUUGGAGACACAAUAUAUGUCAUCGAUGGUGGAUACCUAUUGCACCGAGUUAUUUGGCAUCGCGGUGAUUCGUUUUCAUCCAUCUGCGAUAACUACGUUGCAUUCGUUUGA